GUUGCGUAGAGAGUUGAUGUGAGAUAGAGGGUGGAUAGGUAGAUGGGUGUGGUGGUAUCUAUAAAAGGGAGUAACCCUUGAAUUUGUACGACGUAUGCCAGGUCGAAGUAAAGAAUCGAAAAACAUGAGAUCCGUGGUUUUUAUUACUCUACUGGCAUGGUUAAUCCCGAUAAUUGGACUUGCUUCAGGCCGCUCAAUACAUUCCUAUACAAUAUACGAAUCGAGCAGUCUUGAAGAUGUGACAAUCCACACCCCGUCACAUAAAGCAACUCUGAGGACGGAAUUCAAAAUCUCGUUCCGGAUAGCCAACCAAGAACCCGAGUACAGACUGCAUCUGGAACCGAACCAUGAUAUCUUUGUCCAGACGCCUCACAUUCGCCACCUUGACUCCAACGGCGAGAUCUUGCAAACCGGAACACUAGACGGAACGCAGGAUAGGGUCUAUAGAGGUAGUCUCUGGGCUCGCCUGGAGGAUCAAGACUGGCAGAAACAAGGCUGGGCCAGGAUAUACGUGCUCCAAGAUGGGGAGAGCCCUCUGUUUGAAGGCGCGUUCACGAUCGCGGGGCAACGGUAUCGUGUUGAGGUCGUAUCUAACGACGAGGGAAAUGGGGUUACGCCGGAAAUGACAUCACAUGUGGUCGUGCAUCAUGAAGCGAAGAGGUCGGACAGCGUAGGGGAGACAUGUGCAGCUGGAGACCUUUCAAAUCCAGGGACCACUGAUCCUCUAAUGGGCGGUAUCGACAUGAUGACCGGAUCAACGGUCCAAGAUCUCGAGAAACGCCAAUUCGGCUUCAAUCCCGGCGAUCUAACAGACAGCAUCGGCAGCGCAGAGGGCUGUCCCACAACGAGAAGAGUCGCGCUAGUCGGCAUAGCGACAGACUGCUCAUACACAGCUGCAUUCAACUCCACCGAAUCCGUCCGUCGGAACCUGAUCAACAUGGUGAACACAGCUUCCGAGGUGUUUGAAAGCACCUUCAACAUCUCGUUGGGCCUUCACAACGUAACGAUUAGCGACGCAAACUGUCCGAACAGCGCAUCGGACUCGACACCCUGGAACGUCGAGUGCUCGGAGGGCGACAUGGACUGGCGUCUUCGGCAGUUCUCAUCCUGGAGACGAUCCCUCGACGACUCGACAAACGCAUACUGGACCCUCAUGACGACGUGUCGGACCGGCGGAGAAGUUGGAGUGUCUUGGAUCGGGGAGCUGUGUAAUUCGCGAAUGAGCGCGAAUGUUGUCGCCCGGACGGGUAAUGAAUGGCAGGUUUUCGCUCACGAGUCCGCACACACCUUCGGAGCCGUCCAUGACUGUGUGGCCAGCACAUGUUCCGCUUCCCGACAGCAGUGUUGCCCUCUAUCCUCGUCCACAUGCGACGCAGACGCCCAGUACCUCAUGAACCCAUAUUCGAGCUCCUCGCAUACCGACUUUUCCCCUUGCACACUCGGAAACGUCUGCUCCGCAAUCGGGUCGGGAGACGUCCGCACAAACUGUCUGAUCAGCAACGACGACGUGCCCACCAUCACCCCCGGGGAAUGUGGCAACGGGAUCGUGGAGGCAGGAGAAGACUGCGACUGCGGCGACGAUUGUGAUGGGAAUUCGUGCUGCAAUGGCUCCACCUGUCGAUUCAGAGAUGGAGCAGAAUGCGACGAUGCGUCCGGGCCAUGUUGCAAUGAAUGCCAAUACGCGUCCUCCGACACCGUGUGUCGUCGGAGCUCAGGGACCUGCGAUAUUGAGGAAACCUGCCCGGGCAAUUCGAGUCGAUGUCCGUCCGACAGACAUGUUCCAGACGGAGAGAGCUGCGGUAACAGCACAGGGCUCUUCUGCGCCAGCGGCGAAUGUACCAGUCGGGAUAUGCAAUGUCGGGAGCAGCUGGCUUCAAACAGCACCAGCAUUUCGUCGUGUGAUGGUGAUUCAUGCACACUCAGUUGCAGUGAGGGCUCAGGAAGCUGCAUGAACACAGGACAGCAAGUGCUUGAUGGGACUCCGUGCGAUGGAGGAUCGUGUCGCAAUGGACGGUGCCGAAGUGCGAACGAGAACGACGGGGGAAAUGGGGUAUCUUCGUGGGUUGAUCAGCACCGGACGCUUGUAAUCGGUCUAGCAGCUGGAAUAGGGGGUGCUCUGGUCCUUGCAUUUCUGGGAUGUGUUAUCUGUUGCUGUUGUCGGCGUCCUAAAGUGCGACCAUCUGCACCGCCGCCCCGGAUGGUGCCCAUGGCUUAUCCGGCUCCUCCGCCGUACCAAGUGGCCGCACCUCGUCCAGUGCUACCGCGAUAUGCUUGAUGUACUUCCUUUCUCGUUUAUUUAUGAGGUUCAUGAUAGAUUGCAUUCCUU